AUGUGGCUUGAAUUCAAAAAUCAAGCUAGCUGUGGUAAAAUUAAAUAUGAAUAUGAUUUACCAGAUUGCAACUUUACAGUAGACGGCUUUAAUCCAAACACAAAUACGGUUUAUGAAUUUUUAGGAUGUUUUUACCAUGGAUGCGAAGACUGUUUCUUCGAUAGAAAUUUAGUUGUCCAUGGGUAUAAAAUGCAGGCUAGGUUUGAAAAUGUUAUGUGCAAAAUAGCAGUUUUAAAACAAAGUGGAUAUAAUGUGUGCUGUGAAUGGGAAUGUGCUAUUUUUGGAGGUCGCACCGAAGUAUUUAAAUUAUACUAUAAAAUCCAAGCAAAUGAAAAAAUUUGCUACUAUGACUUCACUUCCCUCUACCCAUAUGUAAACAAAAAUUGUAAAUAUCCAAUAGGACAUCCUAAAAUUUAUAAUUCUCAAGAAUGUUUACAAUUUGAAAAUGAUAUCAGUAAAAUAGACGGUUUAAUUAAAUGUGCGGUUCUACCACCGCAAAACUUAUGGCUGCCAAUCUUACCAAUCCGCGCUAACAACAAAAUGUUGAUGGUUUUAUGUCGCUCUUGCGCGGAAAUGGAAAAUGUGUUGUAUAAAUGUACUCACAACGAUAAAGAAAGAAUGCUUUUUGGCACAUGGACGGAUAUGGAAUUAAAAUUAAGUGUGAAAUACGGGUACACAAUAAUAGAAAUACAUGAAAUUUGGCAUUAUGAUUGCGAAACUUAUGAUUCAAUAUCUAAAACAGGUGGACUUUUUACUGACUACAUGAAUUAUUUUAUAAAAUACAAGACUGAGGGUUCUGGUUAUCCAACUGGUAUACAAACUAAAUCUGAACAAGACGCAUACAUAAAGGAUUUUUUUGAAAAUGAAGGUGUGAUGUUAGAUAAAUCAAAAAUUGCUCUCAAUCCUUCACUACGAAAUCUGGCGAAACUAAAAUUAAAUUCAUUUUGGGGAAAACUAAUACAACGAAAUGACCGUCAUUCAACAACUGUUGUACAAACCAUCACACAAUUUCAUAAUUUAAUACAUUCAAGCGGUAUAUCAGUAUCGGACAUAUUUACUGCCAGCGAGCACCAGGUGUGGAUCAACUGGAAAUACAAUUAUCCUGAAUUGAAUCCCAAUCUCAAAAAUCAAUGUUUAAUAGUUGGAGCUUUUACGACAGCGCAUGCUCGAUGCUUAUUGUAUAAUGAAAUAACCAAAAUUGGAAAAAAUCUUUUGUAUUGCGAUACGGAUUCUAUGAUUUUUGUUCAGCAUACUGAUAAUGAGUAUGACUUAAAGACAGGUACUUUAAUUGGAGAUUUAACUAAUGAAUUUACAUCAUAUGGAAAGAAUGUUUACGGCACAGAAUUUGUAUCAACAGGACCCAAAAGUUAUUCAUAUCGUUAUUAUAACCCGGAUACUGACAAAUACGGAGAAGUUGUUAAAUGUAAAGGAAUAACAAGUAAUAAAAAUGGAACAUCACUAAAUUUUGAGCACAUGAAACAAAUAGUUACCGAUCCUUUUGGAAGCAAUAAUUUGUAUUUCGUAACACCAAACAAAAUUAAGCGUAAGAAACAUUUUCACGUUACUUCAGAAGAUGAAAAGAAAAAAUUUGGCUUUACAUUUACGAAACGUGCUUGCCGUGAUAAUUUUGAAACAAUUCCUUAUGGUUUCUUAAACAGUUAA